AUGGCGUUCAAUGAAUAUGACGAAGAGAAGCCUUUCCUGAGAACGACCGAAGAUGGUACCUUACCCAGCAAUGAAACGAUCAAGAAGAAACCAUCAUGGACAAGAAUCCACUACCUCCUCUUCGUUCUUCAUGCGGCAUUUCUCGCCGCCAAUGUUGGCUUCAUGGUAUUCAACAUGUCAGCAAACCACACAUACUCGACAAGCUCGUCAAAAGGAAUCUCGAAACGACCAGAUGAUGUCCAAGAAAUUUAUUCUCCUGCUCGCAAUGUCAUAGAGCAUGAAAUCCGCAUCCCAAACGUCGAACCCAAAGGCCCAUUCGUCGGCCUACCACGCCCCGAGCUCGAUGAAGCCUGGUCAGAUCUUCUAAGACCAGCCAUGCUCGAUAUGCCUCCGGCCGAAAUGAAGAAGAUGAACAAGUCAUCAGUAGCAGUGAAAGGCACAGGAGGUUACGUAGGAUACUAUGCAGUAUUCCAUCAAUUACACUGUCUGAAACGACUAUAUCAAUGGACACACAAAGAAUCGUAUCAAGAUGUGAUCGAUGAUGGACGGCUGACGGCCGAGCACUACGAUCAUUGCAUUGAAGUCAUUCGGUCGGCGUUGAUGUGUCAACCAGAUUUGACUGUCCAUACAGUGCACUUCGACUCGCAAGCUCCACAUGGGCUCAAAGGCUACAGUCAUCAUGAAAGGAAGUGUAUCAAGUGGGAGCCAUUCAAGGAGUGGGUGGAUAAGAAAGCAAUACCCGCGCCGUUGCAAGACCACGUACUGGAUGAAGCUGAGGAGGGGAGUUUCGGUCCGUAG